CAGGGCUCUGGGCGCCUCAUUAUGCAGACACAUUUAAAAGGUCGAUGGGUGUGCGAAUGGCUGCUUAAGGGUCCCAAACAAACCCUGGGGGAGGAGAGUCCAACAGAAGCCAGAAUUCAAAUUCCACAGAAGAAACUGCGCUUAUUGUCAGAGCAGGAUUUACCCUCUCAUUCGUAUAGUGGAGAUCUCCGGAGCGCAAUAUAUGUGGAUAUUUGAAAUGGCCACGAUUACGCGCACACGAGUUUCACUGCUGGUCCUCGCUUUCAUGACUAUUGCUAUAGGAGUACAGUGCCGAUCGCUUCGUACACAGCUUCGCAAGGUGACAUCGUUUCAAGGAGAGCGUAAAAUCCGUAUCGGACACGUCCAGAGACAGAGACGGAGCCGUCGCGAACCUGUAUCCGAGCACGACCACUGCGCCCUCCUGAGCGCCCCGUGGACGGAGAGCACCACUCCGCUUGGCGACUGGGGCCAGAUGUACCGUCUGAAGAUACAAUCGACGAUGAGUGAUGGUCCACGUCGUGCUGUUUUCCCAGAACAACCCCUCUUCAGAUUCGUCAGACGGGUUUAUCGCUGUUGUCAAGUGGGCUACCAUUGUGGAAGUGUCAAGGGAAUACAAGGCGGAAAAGUUGGGGACUACAACAUUGAGUUUCUGCUCGGAGAGGAUGUGCUGUCAGCACCGUUGGAGAAAGCGGAAGUUCAUUUUCACUUUUCAAACCCCCAACACCUCAACAUCCAACCCGUGCUGCCCUCGCUGGAGAAACGAGGGUUCCCUACUAGGUACAGAGUCUGGUUGAGAAAUGGUGUCGUAGAGCUGAGAGUGGAUCUGCUUGCCCUCAUCCAGGCCCUGCAGCUGGUAAUUGGAGGAGCCAGCAGAGGUCCAAGCCUGAUGGAAAUGCAUUGGGUGAGGGGCUUGACCAGACCAGGGGUCGUUGCUCAAAAGCAAAGACCCCCAUCCCUUCAAGACACAGUGCCUGUAGUGUGGGGGGAGGUGAAUGAGAGCAGGGAUGGUGAGGCCCCCCUGCGGCCCACUUUAGAGCUGGGACUGGCAUUACACUGCAGCUUAUUGGAUAAUAUCGCACAGCCCUGUCAAGAUUAUGGUGUACAUCUAGAACAUGCACCCUUUAUCGCUCUGACGUACAGAUAGCAAGACAUGUUCAGCCGUACUAAACGGUGUUUAAGCAAAUACAUUUGGAAACUGCUUCUGUGUCCAGCCAAACACUGUCAAUCCCUAGCGCUCCCCCUUCACAAGUUCUUUGUGGCCAUAAAAUCUCUGUCCAUUCAGUCCACUAACACCUGGUGUGAAUGUUCCCUGGAUGGUUCGCUGUUUUUUAAGAAUUGCUAAUGAUUCCCAUUGUUCUGUGACAAUGGUGCUUCAGCAGAAGCUUACUGUAAUUCAGAGUGGCUGAUGUUAUAUGGAACACUAUGCACUUCAGCAUGUAAAUUCAAUUUAUUAAC